AUGGCAGAUCAAACACAAAAACAGACGCAUGGUGUUUUGGGUGAUGUGAAGUCUGCACUGAAAGGUGUUAAGGGUGCUGGCGAUACAAUCCGUGGCACCUUCAAUGAGUCGGUUGAUACUGCUUUCCAUGAGAGAGAGGGAGAGGCCAAGAACAAAGCAAUCAAGGAGAAAGGCAUUGCCGACAUGGAAGGUACAGAUGCACACUUCAGCAAACAUAAAGGGACUGCACAUACGACGGCCACCACAAAUCAACCAUACAACGGAACAACAAGCAGUGUGCCUGUUGAUCAACAUCCUGCUGCCGACCCGCGCACCGUCCCACAGACUGGGGCAGUGACUGGUGGUCUCGCACGCAAUACUCAGCUCUCAGAUGGCACGUCGACUGGGGCUGGCGCUCAUUCAGGAGCUGUAGGAAGCUUGGAGAGCCGCGUUCCCCAGGAAAGGCUCGGCGGCGAGCCCACCCACUCAAAUGAUAGAUACUAA